UAGCGUACAGCGAAAUGUUGGCCUUUGUCAAAGUUCCCCAGAUUUUUAACAAUAAUAACGUGCGUCACAUGUGAGGGAUUCGUAACGAUACCGGUUUCGUUAUUGUUAGCAAUUUCCCAUCAUCGGCAGUUUUGAAGAUAUACAUAUACAUCUUAACUGAGUUUCGAAGAAUAAUAAAAAAUUCUUUGAAAAAUCAAACCAAAGAAUUGAAAUAGAAUAAUUCUUAAGAUGAGUGUAAGGCAUUUGUGGAGGUUAUGCACGGCCUGUAGGCACGAUUUAAAGAGUAUUAGAACGUACAAAACGUACAAAAGUAGAAACGUUUUAAGACUUUACGACAGAGGAAUGUUUCAGGAUAUUUUUCCAGACACUUCGGCAGGAGAAGUAAUCGACCUUCUUAAUUCGUCGCCGCAGACGGUAUAUGCCGGGUUUGAUCCAACGGCGGACAGUUUGCAUAUUGGAAAUCUAUUAGUAUUGAUGAAUCUUCUACAUUGGCAAAGAUCUGGCCAUCAAGUAAUAGCUGUAGUAGGAGGAGCUACGGGACAGAUAGGAGAUCCGAGUCACAGAAAGUCAGCGCGUACCGAAAUGGAACAGGUCCUAAUAAAUAAGAACAUAGAAGGUAUAUCGAGAAACAUUAGAACGAUAUUUGAAAAUCAUGAGGAACUUUUUUGGGAUGAUAACAAAAAACCAAAACGUGUUAUGAUUGUCAACAAUAUAGACUGGUACAAGGAUAUAAGUGUGCUUGAUUUUCUAAGAAGUGUAGGAAAGUAUUUCAGACUCGGUACAAUGCUCAGCAAAACAUCCGUACAGACGAGACUAAAUUCAGAAACAGGAAUGAGCUUUGCUGAGUUCUCUUACCAGGUCCUUCAAGGCUACGAUUGGUUCUAUCUACUGGAGAAGUACAAUUGUAGAUUUCAAAUUGGUGGCAGCGAUCAAAUGGGUAACAUCGAUGCUGGGUUCGAUUUGAUCGGCAGAGUAACUGAGACAAGGGUCUUUGGUCUGACGCUACCAUUAAUCACAACAGAAAGUGGUGAAAAGUUUGGCAAAUCUGCCGGCAAUGCUGUAUGGUUGUCAGAGAAUAAGUCUUCCAGUUUUCAACUCUACCAAUUCUUCAUGCGCACCAAAGACUCGGACGUUCAUCGAUUCCUAAAAUUCUUCACAUUUAUCCCAUUGGGACGUAUUGCAGAAAUUAUGGCUACCCACGAAAAAAAUCCCGAACAACGUACAGCACAAAAAAUACUAGCUGAACAUGUUACUCGAUUGGUGCAUGGAGAAGCAGGCUUGAAAACAGCACAGCAAACUACAUCCAUACUUUACGAUAAGUCGAUUGAAAGUUUAUCCAAUCUCAGUGCCGAUGAGAUGGUCACCGCAUUUCAAGGGGCAACUUUAAUUGAAGUAUUGCCUGAGCCAGGCUUGACGGUGCUACAACUUAGUUUGAGAGCAAAUUGUUUUCCGGAUGAAACUAAUGCAAUAAGAAUUAUUACCGCUGGUGGUUUUUACAUCAAUCAUCAAAGGAUUAAAAAUAUUGAAGAAGUAAUCACUCCUGGGGUUCAUAUCAUGCCAAAUAAUUUGACGAUGUUAAGGGUAGGAAAGAAAACGUAUUAUAUUGUGAAAUGGGUCUCAUAACAGCUGAAGGAUGUAAGUAUGUCGUAUAAUUUGUAACCAAGUGUACAAAAUGUGUAUAAUAAAUUACUUAGUUGUUAUUUUAA